AUGGGGCGCCAUGCGGAGGCAUUGACGCUGGCCUUUGGCACAGGGGCCCCUCGCACCAGCUUCUUCUCCUUGUUCGGCCUGGGCAGCAAGGAGGAGGAGGAGCCAGGUUCGGCCCUGCCAAGCGGCGACUGCCCCAAACUGCGGCCAGCCCAGCUGGCGCGGGUCAGCUGCCCCGCGGUCGGCGCGGAGAUGGAGGUCCGGCGGCGGGAGGGCCUGGACAAGGCGCGGAGACGGCCAAUGGGCGGCGGAGCGCGUCGCUACACAGACGGCAUGGAGCCUUGGUCAGUCGUACAUUCCGACGCUGUGAAGAACACCUUCAUCGACAUCUCAGAUCCGCCGCAGGAGGAAGACCGGCCGAAGAGCGACUCCGAAUGGUCUGAUACACAAGAAGGUGCCAAGAAGCGACGCCCGGGCAAAAGGGAGCGGGAGCAGCUGAAGGGGUUGCAGACACGGGAUGCAGACUGCCAACGCGCAGAGCCGACGCAGAUCUCUUGGCCGCCCCCUUCAACGAAAUGUGUUCUCAGUGUGCUUGCUCUUUUCGCAUGUGCCUGUGCUGCCUGGUCCUGGCAGGGCAUGCAGCCCCAACCGCAGCUUAAUGUUGAGCAGCAGGCAAAGAUGGACACAUGCAUGCGGCCUGAAGAGAAGUUGGAGAAGCCGGCAAAUGCGUUGAUCAAGAUCCUGACGCAAGUUACUGAGCAGGGCGCAGAGAAGGAUCAUGACGCAGUCAUUUCAAAGCUCGACAACGAGAGGUUCAAUGUGCGGUCAGGUGCGUGGAAGUUCAGGUGCAAGGCCAGUGCUCGAGCCAAGCUGAGUCCGCCCAGCGAUUCCUCCAGGUCUCAAGGGCUGCCGCAAGAAGUUGUUGAGUCCAUUGUCAGCUCCCUGAAGUGGGAUGAGGAGGUAUCAACUCAGCAGAGAAACUUUCAGGUCGAUGGUCGGAACUCUGUGGGUCACAUGUAUCACUUUCGCCUCCAAAGCACGCGACUGGGAGGUAUGGCGUCUGUGGCUUUGAUGGCAUAUGGACUUGACUUCGACAUGCAAAAGGUUGUGGACCAUUAUGAAACUUCUGAGGAGCCCGUGUAUGAGGAUGACGUUUACAUAGAUAGGUUUGGACAGGGUCAAGUGGCCAAGAAGUUUGUUCAGAUGGCCCAAAAGAAGUUCCCAAUUUACUCCCAUCGGGCGCUCCCAGAAAAUGUGAGCCAAGCAGACCUGAUGCAGGCGCUGGACUUUGCGUGCAGCCGCGAGGCGACGAAGAUUCUCUCAGCUUAA